AUGACCAAUGUUGUGUUCUCCAGUGUGUCAGAGUGUGCCAUGCUGCUGCUUUUGCUGUCUGUCUACAUCUUCACCUUCCUGAUGGGGGUCCCCGCCAACAUUCUGGCAUUCUGGACCUUCUGCCACAAAGUGCGCACCAGGGCGGCCCCCAUAGACAUCCUGCUCCUCAACCUUACCAUCUCCGACCUCAUCUUCUUAGCUUUCCUGCCCUUCAAAAUGAAGGAGGCCGUCGACAACAUGGCCUGGUUGCUGCCUUUUCCGCUGUGUCCCUUCACCGGCUUUGUGUUCUACGUCACCAUCUACAAUAGCACCCUGCUCCUCACGGCUGUGGGUGUGGAGCGGUACUUGGGGGUGGCGUACCCGCUCAGGUACGCCCUGUGCCGCAGGCCUCGCUACGCCGUGGUAGCCUGUGUGGUCUUUUGGGUGGUGACCUCCAUGAACCUGAGUAUCGUCUACAUUAUGCCCUAUGCUCAGUGGUGGGGGAAUGACAAGCCUCCGUCGACCUGCUACUUGAACUUCACGGGGGAUGAGCUCAAAAUCCUCCUGCCUUUCCGCCUGGAGCUCUUCUUAGUCCUGUUCUGCAUUCCCUUCAUCAUCUGCUGCUUCUGCUACGUCAACUUCAUCCUCAUCCUGUCCCGUCUCCCCAACAUCAGCAGGCGUAGGAGGCUACGUGCCAUCGGACUGGCCCUAGGCACCCUCAUAGUGUUCGCCGUCUGCUUCGGGCCUUAUAACGCCUCCCACGUGGUGGGCUUUGCGCGUCAAGAGAGCGAAGACUGGAGAAAAAUGGCGUUGCUGUCGAGCACCCUCAACGCCUGCCUGGAUCCGUUUAUCUUCUACUUCUCGUCGGCCGCCGUCAGGAGCAUGUUAAAACGCUGCUUUAAGAACGUCAUGGCUAAGAUGCACAUCCUGAAGUGGGGAUGA